AUGACAUCAUCACUGGACGGACCUGAGCGUCAUCCAGACCCAACACUGUGUCCGAACCAUCUGGUUUCCUCGCCGUUCGAGUUGAAAAAACCUGAUCGUCCGGCCGCCCAUCGGGUCCUCAACAUCGUCCCUGCGACGAUGGCGUCCUCCAGAAUGGUCAUGCGACGAUUCGCAAAUUCGUCAAGGGAAUCCGGCCGUCAUCUCGAUGGUCCGGUUCAGACGACUGUCCCGGACCUAAGCGUCCUACAAACCAUCAGGAUCCCAACCAUCUUGGUCGGCUACAACGUCAACAAGUGGCGCCCGUCGGAUGACUGUUACACCACCGACGGUAAAACCCUGACGUUGCCUUGCGGUCCUAGCGGUUGCUGGGACGCAUGGCUUUUUGGCUGGGUUUUGGGAACGUCAGAGGAUCUCUCGAUCGCUCCUGUGGUGUACGUUAAUGGGGCCCAAAUGAUCUGGUAG